UUGUUGCAUAGACUGAUUCAUAGCUUUGAUCACUGUGUUUUAGAAUUUGGUUCCUGGGUUUCUUGAGAUUUUAUUUUUCUUUAGUUUAUAUUACCUUUCAACUAUUGGUAGACAGAUGUUGCAAUCUUUUGCUUCUGAUUGAUCAGUAUGAGAGGAGCAAUGGGUACUUCUCCUGGUGCUGUUGAAGCUAGACAUCGUUUAUCUGCAUCCAUUGAAGACGUAUACAAAAAAAGAUUACAGAAAAACAAAGCUAAGCCUUUUCAAAUCUCCAUUCAAGAUAGAAGUUCAAGGUGCAAGUUUCCUCUGCUGAAACUUGUCCUCCUAGUUGUCUUAUCUGGCACUUUUGUAACCCUCUUAUACUCUCCAGAGGUUUACAACACUAAUCAGCCAGCUCAAUCUGGUUCUAGGUCUAGUUUUGUGAACAGGUGGAUAUGGGGAGGCUCAGAUCCUCGUUAUAUAUCAAAUAUUGGCAUUGACUGGGAUGACAUUAUGAAAGUUAUCGAGAAGGUCAAUGACAAUAAUGAAACUCAGGGAGUUGGUCUUUUAAACUUCAUUGAGAGUGAAAUCAAUCAGUGGAAGCAGCUUAUUCCUGAUGCCAAACACAGUGUUCUUCAACUGGACUACGCUGCAAAAAAUGUGACAUGGGAAUCCUUAUACCCAGAAUGGAUUGACGAGGAAGAAGAAUCUGAUGUUCCCAUUUGUCCAUCUCUACCAACGCUGAAAGCCCCUGGAAUACGAUUUGAUCUCAUUGCUGUUAAACUUCCCUGUCGGAAUGAAGGGAAUUGGUCCAGAGAUGUGGGAAGGUUGCACUUGCAGCUUGCAGCUGCUGUUCUGGCAGCCUCUGUGAAAGGCUUGCAUCCUGUUCAUUUGCUUUUUAUUACCGAGUGCUUCCCAAUACCAAAUCUGUUUACUUGUAAGGAGCUUGUUGUACGUGAAGGGAAUGCAUGGCUAUACAAGCCAGACUUGAAUGCAUUGCGACAAAAAGUCCAGCUUCCAGUGGGAUCUUGCGAACUUUCACUUCCUCUCAGGGGCAAUGAGCUGGUUUACUCGGGAAAUAUUCACCGAGAAGCUUAUGCAACAAUUCUCCAUUCAGCUCAUGUUUAUGUUUGUGGAGCCAUUGCUGCUGCCCAGAGCAUCCGCAUGUCUGGCUCCACACGAGACCUUGUCAUACUUGUUGACGAGACAAUCAGUGGAUACCACAGGAGUGGACUCGAAGCCGCAGGGUGGAAGAUUAAGACAAUCCAAAGGAUCAGGAAUCCAAAAGCUGAGAAAGAUGCCUAUAAUGAAUGGAAUUACAGCAAGUUCCGGCUAUGGCAGUUAACAGAUUAUGACAAGAUCAUUUUCAUUGACGCUGAUUUGCUUAUACUCAGAAACAUUGAUUUCUUAUUUAGGAUGCCAGAGAUUUCUGCAACUGGGAACAAUGGCACGCUUUUUAACUCUGGUGUAAUGGUUAUUGAGCCUUCAAACUGCACUUUCAAGCUUUUGAUGGAUCACAUCAAUGAGAUUGAGUCCUACAACGGGGGAGACCAAGGAUACUUAAAUGAGAUCUUUACAUGGUGGCAUAGGAUUCCAAAACACAUGAACUUCUUGAAAAAUUUCUGGUUUGGUGAUGAGGAAGAGGUUAAGCAAAGGAAAACCAUGCUCUUUGGCGCUGAGCCUCCAAUUCUCUAUGUUCUUCACUAUCUGGGUAUGAAGCCAUGGCUGUGCUUCCGCGACUAUGAUUGUAAUUGGAAUGCUGAUAUAUUCCAAGAGUUUGCAAGCGAUGUUGCUCAUGAAAAGUGGUGGAGGGUGCAUGAUGCAAUGCCUGAGCUGUUGCAGCAGUUCUGUCUGCUGCAAUCAAAGCAGAAGGCACAGCUAGAAUGGGACCGAAGGCAAGCGGAGAAGGCAAACUACACAGAUGGGCAUUGGAGCAUCAAAGUUAAGGAUCAACGUUUGAAGAAAUGCAUAGACAAUUAUUGCUCCUGGAAGAGCAUGUUAAAGCACUGGGGCGAGACAAAUUGGACAGAGGAUGAAGCUUUUACUCCAACACCACCUGCAAUUGCAACUGCUUCUCUCUCUGGCUUGUGAGUUGUAGAUUCUGUUUUCUCGUGAAAGUUGUGCCGUCGGUAUAUAUUUCCUCACCUAUUUUCAUUCCUUGGGUUUGUAAAUGACAUGGUAGUUCCAUGAAGGUAUUCAUUCUUUUCCCAUCUCUUUAAUGUCUAAAAGUGUUUUU